CUCCUGGCCAUGAUGGCCUAUGACCACUAUGUGGCCAUUUGCUGGCCACCGCGGUACCCGGAGCUCGUGAGCAUGAGAGUCUGUGUGUGGAUGGCCGUGCUGAGCUGGGGGACAGGCUUUACCAACUCACUGCUACAGUCUAGUUUCACUUGGAGCCUCCCCUUCUGUGGCCACCAUGUCAUCAACCACUUCUGUGAGAUCUUGGCUGUGGUCAAACUGGCCUGUGGGGACAUCUCUCUCAAUGCCCUGCUAUUGAUGGUGGCCACCAUCAUCCUGACGUUCACCCCAUUUCUGCUCAUCUGCCUGUCCUACAUCUUCAUCCUGGCCACCAUUGUCAGGGUCCCCUCUGCUGCAGGCCGGCGCAAAGCCUUCUCCACCUGCUCUGCCCACCUCACUGUGGUGGUGAUUUUCUAUGGGGCCAUUGGCUUCAUGUACUUCAACCCCAGUGCCAAGGACCCCCAGUGGGAUAAGAUCAUCACUCUGUUGUAUGGGAUCGUGACCCCCUCCCUGAACCCCAUCAACUACAGCCUGCGCAAUGCAGAGGUGAAGGCUGCUGCCUCCGCGCUGCUUCGGGGAGACCUGCUCUCCAGGAAGCUGUCCCACCUCUCCUGCUGGCCUCCCACACGCUCGGGCUGA